AUGAGAUGGUCAACAGGCCUGACAACCUGAGUUCAUCCCCUGACCCACAUGAUGGGAGUAGAAAACCAAACUCCUCUGACUUAAACACACACACACACACACACACACACACACACACACACACACAAAUAAUUGUUUAAAAAUUCAAGUUUUUGAGUUAUGUUUAUGGGUAGCUCCCUUUUAUUUCAUAAUUAGCACAGUCACUUGGAUGUUUUAGGUUCUUAUUUUUUUUGACUGAUUGAAAGAAGAAUUGUUUUAGUUGUGACAUACUGAUAAUUAAAUGUGGUAAGAUACUUAAUGAACAAAACUUUUGCUGGAACUAAAUAUUAUGACAUACAGUAUAAUAAGCUGAUUUUGCUAUAGUUAUUUGAAUGUUAUGCAGUUAUCACUCUAUUGUUUUUUCAAUAUAUCUUUCCUUUUUCCUCUCUUAAUGCUUAGUUCAAGUCUCCUAUCCACUGCCUUAAUGAAUACAGAAUUCUGAUAUUUAAUUUUAUAAUUUAAAUAUGCUUCGAUGUUUCCCAAGUCACUCACUCAACUUGCUUCACUUCUUGCAGUUGGAUUUGUGACACAAAGUGCUAUCAAUAUUUUAAUCCCUAAUGUUUCUCAACCUAAUAUUAAUUUUUACAUAAUUUUAUGUGUAUUUGAAUGAGGUGUGAUAUUAAAUGUAUGGAAUUUGAAUAUCUGAUUUGAGAUGAGCAGAGCCAGAAAGGACAGUCUUGGUAUCAAAGUCUCUAGUUAACCACCUUAUCUAUCACAUGUGGAACCUUGGUUAAGUGACCUCCCGUGACAUCCACUGUUUCAAUUAUCGUCAACUGUCUUGCAGUCAGUAUCAAGUACCGUAACAUGUCAUUAUAGAAAUAUAAUUGCUAUUAGUUUCAGUGCCACUGAUAUUAGGAAUAAACUCAGUAAUGAGCAAGUGUGUAUCCCUCCUGACACUCAUAGAGAGAGCAGAUUGCUUCAUGUGUGCCCUUGUAAUGUAAAUCAUGUAAAUGAGGACUCUUCUUAGAGAUAGCUAACCCCGUUUAGUGUAUUAUACUUGCUUCGUUUUUGUUUAACUUAUGUGGCACAAGAAACUCCCUCAGUAGGGUCAAGUAGGUUUGAUAAGGGGAAAAAAACCGACAUAGAUCAAAACCAGUAACAAAACCUUUUCUAAGAAUUUAAAACUGAAAACGAACACAUGGUGGCGCUGUUGACAAAAAAUGCGAAUUAAGACACUUAGACUCCGUACUCAGAUUGACAGAGGGAUCCGGUGCGGUAAGACAAGCGCUUGUGAACCUGGGCAGAUUUUUAAGCAGGAAAGUCUGAAUCUCUGGAAAACAUUACUUGUUAGGCUAUCUCCAAAAGACUGCGCUUUUCACAGAGAAAUACAAGGCUCCUUUUGGUGACAAGCCCCUGGAAAAACACCGCAGAAAUACAAUGGAGGCCAGAGAAGAGUGCUUCCUUAAACAAAGGCAAGUCUUGCUUCUCUUUGUUUUUCUAGGUGGGUCUCUGGCUGGGUCUGGAUCUAGGCGCUAUUCUGUUGCCGAGGAAAAAGAGAAGGGCUUCUUAAUAGCCAAUCUAGUGAAGGAUCUGGGGCUCAGGGUAGAAGAACUGGCUGAAAGGAGAGCUCAGGCUAUCUCCAAAGGGAACAUACAGUAUUUUCAGCUCAGCCACCAGACCGGAGAUUUGCUCCUGGUUGAGAAAUUGGACCGAGAGGAGAUGUGCGGUUCCACAGAACCUUGUGUGCUGCACUUUCAGAUAUUGCUGCAUAAUCCUUUGCAGUUUAUUACAAAUGAGCUCGAGGUCAUAGAUAUAAAUGAUAACGCUCCGGAGUUCUUUGAAAAUGCGAUGCAGCUUAAAGUCCUGGAAAGCUCCCCACCUGGGACAGUAAUUCCUUUGGGAAAUGCUAUGGACCUGGACGUGGGAAGAAACGGACUCCAGAACUACACGGUCUCUCCCCAGUCCCAUUUCCACGUUCGCACCCGCCGUCGUAGGGAUGGAAGGAAGUAUCCAGAACUAGUGCUAGACAGAGCUCUGGAUCGGGAGGAGCAGCCAGAGCUCAGUUUAACUCUCACAGCCCUGGAUGGAGGAUCCCCACCUCAGUCUGGCACUGCCCAGGUCCACAUCCUGGUCUUAGACGUAAACGAUAAUGCCCCAGAAUUUACACAGUCACUCUAUGAGGUUCAGGUUCUAGAGAAGAGUCCUGUUGGCUCUGUCAUUAUCACGGUCUCAGCUUCUGACUUAGAUGUGGGGAAUUUUGGUGCAAUAUCCUAUGUGUUUUUCCAUGCUUCUGAAGAAAUUCUCAAAACUUUUCAACUAAAUCCCACUACUGGUGAUAUACAGUUAGUUAAGGCUUUGGAUUAUGAAACAAUUAAUACUUUCGAAGUUGACAUAGAGGCCAAAGACGGUGGAGGCCUUUCGGGAAAAUGCACAGUCAUAGUCCAGGUAGUUGAUGUGAAUGAUAACCCACCAGAACUGACUUUGUCAUCAGUUAACAGUCCUAUCCCGGAGAAUUCGGACGAGAUUGUGGUGGCUGUUUUCAGUGUUGCUGAUUUAGACUCUGGAGAUAAUGGUAAAGCAACCUGUUCCAUCCAGAAUGAUCUCCCAUUCAUCCUGAAACCAUCUGUAGAGAACUUCUACACUAUAGUGUCUGAAGGAGCUCUAGACAGAGAGAGCAGAGCUGAGUACAACAUCACCAUCACAGUCACCGACAUGGGCACACCCAGGCUCACAACCCAGCACACCAUAACAGUGCAAGUAUCUGACGUCAACGACAACGCCCCCGCCUUCACACAAGCCUCCUACACCCUGUUUGUCCAGGAGAACAACAGCCCCGCCCUGCACAUAGGCACCAUCAGCGCCACAGACUCAGACUCAGGCUCCAAUGCCCACAUCACCUACUCUCUGCUGCCCACCCACGACCCGCAGCUGGCCCUCUCCUCGCUCAUCUCCAUCAAUGCUGACAGCGGGCAGCUGUUCGCGCUCAGGGCGCUGGACUACGAGGCCCUGCAGACCUUCGAGUUCCACGUGGGCGCCUCAGACCAAGGCUCUCCUGCGCUCAGCAGCCAGGCGCUGGUGCAAGUGCUGGUGCUGGACGCCAACGACAAUGCGCCCUUCGUGCUCUACCCGCUGCAGAACGCCUCUGCACUCUGCACAGAGCUGCUGCCCAGGGCGGCAGAGCCAGGCUACCUGGUCACCAAGGUGGUGGCAGUGGACCGAGACUCUGGACAGAACGCCUGGCUGUCAUUCCAGCUGCUCAAGGCCACAGAGCCCGGGCUGUUCAGCGUGUGGGCUCACAAUGGUGAGGUGCGCACCUCCAGGCUGCUGAGUGAGCGCGAUGCUCCCAAGCACAGGCUGCUGCUGCUGGUCAAGGACAAUGGAGAUCCUCCAAGGUCUGCCAGUGUCACUCUGCAUGUGCUGCUGGUGGAUGGCUUCUCUCAGCCCUACCUGCCUCUGCCAGAGGUGGCGCGCGACUCCGCGCAGGACAAUGAGGACUUGCUCACUCUGUACCUGGUCAUUGCCUUGGCUUCUGUGUCUUCCCUCUUCCUCUUGUCUGUGCUGCUGUUUGUGGGGGUGAGGCUGUGCAGGAGGGCCAGGGCGGCCUCUCUGGGUGGCUGCUCUGUGCCUGAGGGACACUUUCCUGGUCACCUGGUGGAUGUCAGCGGCACUGGGACAGAAGUGUGUCUGACAGGAGACUCUGGGACAGGUGAGUUCAAAUUCCUGAAUCCGGUGAUACCAAACCUGUUUAUGGAAGGAUCUGAGAGAGAAGUUAAGGGAAGUCCCCACUGCAGGAGUAGUUUUUUAGUCAGCUAAAUAUUGCAAAUGGUUCACCAUCUCUCAGUUUCGGUCAACUUCUUACUGUAAUUAGUCUUUUAAGAAGUGCUGCCUAAUAUUUUUUAACCAGUAAUCCAACCUAUGGCAUCCCAAAUAGCUCUAAACUUGUUACUCUAUUAGUAAAUUAAUUUAGUAAAUUAAUACUAAUUUUACUUAGGAUUUUGUAGUUGUGCCAAUUAUAUAUGCAUCUUCUCCAUAUUUGGGCAUUUCUUGGUGAUUAUUGUCCUAACAGUUAAUGAAACUAAUGUCUUCAUGACAUUCUGUAACUUUUCAGUGCACUGAAGAAAAAUUAAAGUUGUGUGUAUUUGUGGCACAUAUCUUUACUGUAUAACUUUAUGGACUUUUAGGCUACAUUGCUUGGAAUUCUUUCUGAGUCCUUGGCCUUUUUGGGUUAAGCAAUCUGCAUAGCUAUAAAAUUUAGCACACUUAUUUCUCCGAAAUUAUAUGUAAACACACAUUUCAUUAAAACAUCAGUGCAUGGAAGUUGUGUCGUAUCCUGUUGUGAGAACCGUGUAUCCUAGAUAUUGUUAUGUGCAUUUUUUAUUAUUGCAGUGUGCAGAUAAUUAUAGUGUGCCGUAAACACUACAAUUAAACUUCUCAAAUAAUUAUUAUACAAUAAAAAUUAAGGAGAAAAUA